AUGGAUUUUGUGUGCCCUGUGAGUGUGUUCCUGCCCGCGCGUAAAGCCCCUUCGAAGGGCAACCCGGACAGGGUGCUUGCUCGAUCAAAAUCACUCGAUCAACCGAUUGCGAGGAACGCUGAGACGGGCGAUGGAAAAGCGAGCAAGAGUGAUCGAAAAUCCAGCACUGGCAGUGGCGCAAAAUCGGGCCCUUCGUCCUCCGGGUCGUCCAAAAAGAAGCCCGAUCCAAAGGUGGAAAUGGCGGUGGAAAAGCGUAAAAGGGAUAGUGUUUUCACGCUCUUUCCGAGCGUGCAGUGGAAACCGACGGUGGAGGAGAACGUGCAGCUGCCGGUGCAGUACUGCGACUGGAUGGAACCGUUCAGCUGCGAGGGUCGGUUUACCGCACGGUACGACCUGCUGCCAAUGGAGUUGAUACUGAAGAUUUUCAAACAGAUCAACGCGAGCGAUCGGCUGGCGGCGAGCGAAACCUGCCGUCGAUGGUUCGAGGCCGCACACUACUACGAACCGUUCCAGCGCCGGAUGUACUUUAACUUCGAUCGGAUCGAGUUUAACGAUGAGGAUGGGCCGAUCAAAUAUUUCUCCAACCCGAUGCGAACCUACCCGUACCUGACGUUCACGUUCGUGGAGUUUACCAAGCACAGUGACUUUUGGCUGAAUAAUGGGAUGUACAUACGCGAGCUGACGUUGCGGUGUUGCUUGAUAAGGAAGAAGAAAUUCAUCACGAUCAUGAAGAAUUUGCCGAUGCUCGAGCGGCUUGAGCUGAUGCAGUGCGACGAGCUGUUCAAGCACUGGACGCUCGACUACAGCACGGAUGAACCGAUGUUCCCUUUCACGCUGCCCCAUCUGAAGCAUCUUUCGCUGGCGGCGUGCGACUACUACAACGAGUAUCAUUUUGAGCGAUUUAUUGAAGCCGCCCCGGCCCUGGAGUCGAUCGAUGUGUCGAACUGCUUCAUCAAUCUGUACCUUGCGCGCCGCAUGACCAUGAUAUCGCGCGUGAUGCGCUUGGUCAGCAAAAACCGUAACAUUAUGAGGGCCCUGAACAUCAGCGACAUUCCCUGCUUCGAUGACGUCGCGUGGCAUCUGCUGGCGGAGAUGAAUGGGCUGUACCUGACGCACUUCACCGUGACGUACACCGACCGCAUACCGCUGAAGGAGCCGGGAAUUUUGAAGUUUUUCAGCGUACAAACGCGCCUCACCCAUCUCGAUCUGACCUCGUCGAUCGGUGUGAACGAUGUGUGCCUGCAGCUGAUCGUGGAGAGCUGCCCGCUGCUGCAGGUGUUGAAGUUGCGCCGGUGCUGGUUACUCUCGGACGAAGGUGUGCAAGAUCUGCACACCUUGCAGCAUCUCCGGGUGCUGGACGUGUCGAGCUGCGAGCGGAUCUCCGACUAUGGCAUGCGUGUGGGCAUUAUUGGGAAGCGUCCACGCCUGGUGGACGAGGUGUACUUUUCACUGCUGAACACGCUCAGUGACUACACGAUGUACUAUCUGGUGCUGAUGUUCAAAAACCUGCAAGUACUCGAUCUGGAUAGCAAUGCGACCAUUACGGACACCUCGCUACAGUAUCUGUGCUGCUACUCGCAGGAACUCCGCAACUUGAAUCUCCAGUCCUGUGCCAAGCUGGUUGUACAGAUCUUUAAGUAUCUCACCCCAAGUGAUCGACGAUCGGCAUGUUUCGUGUGCAGCCGUUGGUACGAAGCGUCCAAGUACUGCCGGUUCGCUGAGCAGAUGGUGCUGCAUCUGGUCGGUGUAGAUUUCGAUGACUUCAAACCACCGGUGAUGAAUCUCAUCCUUGCCGAUCGGAAAUACCCGCUGAUCAAGCUGUCCCGGGUGAAGCUGAACGUGCAGAGCAAGUUCUGGCAGAACUAUGGACCGUUCGUGCGCGAGAUCACGUUCGAGAAGUGCAUGAUCUGGAGGGAGCGCGUGAUCUCGCUCUUCAAGCACAUGCCCAAUCUGCGCGUGGCACGGUUUGUGGAGUGCGAUCUGCUGCGGGACGAUCUGUUCCGCACGUGGAAGUUCUUCGACAACGGGCUGUACACGAUCGAUUUUCCGCGCGUGGAGGCACUCUCGCUGGCGAAGAACAACUUCAGCCAGCUACAGUUCGAAUCGAUGGUGGAAAUGAUGCCGAACCUGACGCGGGUUGACUUUUCCAACUGCUUCCGGCAGGUGGAAACCGGUCGGAAGAUGUUCCUGCUGAGCUGCAUCCAGAAGUUCAUCGUGCGCAGACAGUACGUGCUGCGUUCGGUUAAUAUCAGCGGCAUUCCAGUGGAUGACAUUUUUCUCCGAGGGCUGGCAGACGCAGCGGGUUUGCUGUUGGACGAGCUAAGCCUUACCUACCUCGAGAAGAUGCCUGCCCGGGAACCGGCCAUCAUCGAUCUAUUCCGAAGGCAGACGAAUCUUCGCUUUCUGGACGUGACCAGCUCGACGGGCAUAACGGACUUCUGUGUGGAGCAGAUCGUGCGCCACAUAGCCGGGCUACGGGUGCUCGUCAUGACCGGUUGCUGGGGCAUCUCGGACUACGGCAUCAAGCAAAUCUUUAAACUCCAGCACCUGGAAACCCUCAACCUUUCCAACUGCAUUCGGAUGUCUAAGCACGGCAUCAUCGAUGGGGCAGCGUUCAGCAAUCGGGCGAUCUUGAAGGAACUCCACCUGGAGCUGCUGGACACACUGGACGAGGAGUGUGUGGUGAAGAUUGGUGCAAACUUUCCCAACCUCACCGUGUUGAACAUCGGUGGCUCGUCGACCUGCAUGACCGACUGGUCCGCGCAGUACAUCUUCUGCAAUCUUGUUAAUCUGGAGCAUUUAAACAUUGAACGUAGCACGAAGCUGACGGAUGCUGGCUUUACCGGGAUCGAUCUGCCCGAGAAAACGUUCUCAAUCUGGGACGUGGAGGAAACGUUCGCGAUCGAUCGUUUGAAGAAGCUGCGCGUACUGAAGGUGUCCGGUUGCUAUCGCAUGACAGAUUUUGCGCUACGUUAUGGAUUCCGGUUUACCGAGCUGAAGGAACUUAGCCUAUCGCGGUGUCACCAGAUUUCCGAGGCCGGCAUUGAGCGGUUGGUAUCGUCGUGCCCGGCGCUAGAGUAUCUGGAUCUCAGCGAGUGUCCCAACAUCAACGAUAACUGUGUGAAGAUGAUCGCCAUACAGCUGAAACGCAUCAGCACGCUUAAGUUAGCCAACUGCCCGCUGCUGACGGAACACUGUCUGGAGUAUUUGGUGGCGUGUUGCAAAAAUUUAAAGUAUCUGUACGUGAGAGGGUGCUUCAAGCUGCCGCCAGACAUUGCAGAACGCUUAGCGAAAAUACCCACCAUGCGGCAGGUUUACAAAUCAUAG